AGAUCACACUCAACACAUCAUGUAAAUUAUCCAUCUAGGCUGGGCUUUCAACGCAAACACCAUGGCACAUUGUGGCUUUACGUGGAGCUGAAGCAGAAUAUCAUACAGACAGGAUGACGAACUGGUUGGAUGGGGUGGUGGUGUGUUAUAUACUGAUCGGCUGGAUUCAUCAAACAACAGGUUGUGGUGGAACCUACCGGGGAUACUCAGGAACAAUCAGAUCCCCCAAUUACCCUUACACAUAUUCCAAUCAUCUCUCCUGCACAUAUGUUAUUACCCCCAGAAAGCUGAUCCAGCUUAAGUUUGAAACGUUCGCUACAGAAGGUGGCUAUGACUACGUAAAGGUGUACAAUGGCACGGGCAACCUGUUGGCAUCUCUGUCAGGUUCCCAUGGAGGGUACACGGUUCCUCCCUCCACCUACUAUCGUAUGACAUUUACGACAGACGUGUCCAUUGGGUCCUCCGGCUUCAGGGCGGUGUGGAGCUCUGCUCCUACGAUAUCUGGCUUGCCAACAACAUACCGAGUAAAUGAGUCAGGUAGAUUGAGACUGGACUGUAGUUCCUAUACUCAAUCAUCUACAGCACUUACCUACAACUGGACGUACAAAGGUUCCACUGUCAGCUCGGGGGCUGUACUGAACAUUGGCAGCAUCGACAAGAAUCAAGCUGGACAAUACACAUGCACUGCCACCAACUCAGUUGGACCUGUGUCCGCAGCGGUCCACGUCGUAGUACAAUAUUCACCACGAAUAUCUGGACUCCCAUCCACCUUCCAAGUGACAGAGUUAGCUACUUUAAGACUGGACUGUAGUACGUAUACAACACAGGGCAACCCAUCAGCAACAAGCUACACGUGGUCACACGGAGGGUCAACGGUCAGUACAGGAGCUGUAUUGACAAGAAGCAGCAUCAGUAGGAGACAGGGACGGGCGUACACCUGUACUGUCAGUAACACAGUAGGAUCAAACACCGCCUCGGUCAACGUUGACGUAAGAUAUUCGCCACAAAUAUCUGGUCUUCCAUCCACCUUCCAAGUGACUGAGUCAACUAGUUUAAGACUGGACUGUAGUAAACACACACAACAGGGCAACCCAUCAGCAACAAGCUACAAGUGGUCACACGGAGGGUCAACUGUCAGUACAGGAGCUGUAUUGACAAGAAGCAGCAUCAGUAGGAGACAGGGAGGGGAGUACACCUGUACUGUCAGUAACACAGUAGGAUCAGCUUCCGCUUUGGUCAACAUUGACGUAACAUAUUCGCCACAAAUAUCUGGACUCCCAUCUUCCUACCAAGUGACUGAGUCAACUAGUUUAAGACUGGACUGUAGUACCUAUACAACACGGGGCAACCCAUCAGCAACAAACUACACUUGGUUACACGGAGGGUCAACUGUCAGUACAGGAGCUGUACUGACAAGAAGCAGCAUCAGUAGGAGACAGGGAGGAGCGUACACCUGUACUGUCAGAAACACAGUAGGAUCAGACUCUGCCUCGGUCAACGUUGACGUAACAUAUUCACCACGAAUAUUUGGUCUUUCAUCCACAUACAAAGUGACAGAGUCAGCUACUUUAAGACUGGACUGUAGUACAUAUACAACACGGGGCAACCCAUCAGCAACAAACUACACGUGGUCACAUGGAGGGUCAACUGUCAGUACAGGAGCUGUAUUGACAAGAAACAGCAUCAGUAGGAGACAGGAAGGGGAGUACAUCUGUACUGUCAGAAACACAGAAGGAUCAGACUCCGCCUCGGUCAGCAUUGACGUAAGAUAUUCACCACAAAUAUCUGGACUCCCAUCCACCUUCCAAGUGACUGAGUCAACUAGUUUAAGACUGGACUGUAGCAAACACACACUACAGGGCAACCCAUCAGCAACAAACUACACGUGGUCACACGGAGGGUCAACUGUCAGUACAGGAGCUGUACUGACAAGAAGCAGCAUCAGUAGGAGACAGGGAGGGGAGUACACCUGUACUGUCAGAAACACAGUAGGAUCAGACUCCGCCUUGGUCAACAUUGACGUAACAUAUUCGCCACAAAUAUCGGGUCUUCCAUCCACCGUCCAAGUGACUGAGUCAACUAGUUUAAGACUGGACUGUAGUAAACACACACAACAGGGCAACCCAUCAGCAACAAACUACACGUGGUCACACGGAAGGCCAACUGUCAGUACAGGAGCUGUAUUGACAAGAAGCAGCAUCAGUAGGAGACAGGGAGGGGAGUACACCUGUACUGUCAGAAACACAGUAGGGUCAGACUCUGCUUUGGUCAGCGUUGACGUAAGAUAUCCACCACGAAUAUCUGGACUCCCAUCCACCUUCCAAGUGACAGAGUUAGCUACUUUAAGACUGGACUGUAGAACAUAUACAACACGGGGCAACCCAUCAGCAACAAACUACACUUGGUCACAUGGAGGGUCAACUGUCAGUACAGGAGCUGUAUUGACAAGAAACAGCAUCAGUAGGAGACAGGGACGGGAGUACACCUGUAUUGUCAGUAACACAGUAGGAACCGACUCCGCCUCGGUAAACGUUGACGUAAGAUAUUCGCCACAAAUAUCUGGACUCCCAUCCACCUUCCAAGUGACUGAGUCAACUAGUUUAAGACUGGACUGUAGCAAACACACACUACAGGGCAAGCCAUCAGCAACCAAGUACACGUGGUCACACGGAGGGUCAACUGUCAGUACAGGAGCUGUACUGACAAGAAGCAGCAUCAGUAGAAGACAGGGAGGGGAGUACACCUGUACUGUCAGAAACACAGUAGGAUCAGACUCCGCCUUGGUCAACAUUGACGUAACAUAUUCGCCACAAAUAUCGGGUCUUCCAUCCACCGUCCAAGUGACUGAGUCAACUAGUUUAAGACUGGACUGUAGUAAACACACACAACAGGGCAACCCAUCAGCAACAAACUACACGUGGUCACACGGAAGGUCAACUGUCAGUACAGGAGCUGUAUUGACAAGAAGCAGCAUCAGUAGAAGACAGGGAGGGGAGUACACCUGUACUGUCAGAAACACAGUAGGAACAGACUCCGCCUCGGUAAACGUUGACGUAAGAUAUCCACCACGAAUAUCUGGACUCCCAUCCACCUUCCAAGUGACAGAGUUAGCUACUUUAAGACUGGACUGUAGAGCAUAUACAACACGGGGCAACCCAUCAGCAACAAACUACACUUGGUCACAUGGAGGGUCAACUGUCAGUACAGGAGCUGUAUUGACAAGAAACAGCAUCAGUAGGAGACAGGGAGGGGAGUACACCUGUAUUGUCAGUAACACAGUAGGAACCGACUCCGCCUCGGUAAACGUUGACGUAAGAUAUUCGCCACAAAUAUCUGGACUCCAAUCCACCUUCCAAGUGACUGAGUCAGCUAGUUUAAGACUGGACUGUAGCAAACACACACAACAGGGCAACCCAUCAGCAACCAAGUACACGUGGUCACAUGGAGGGUCAACUGUCAGUACAGGAGCUGUACUGACAAGAAGCAGCAUCAGUAGAAGACAGGGAGGGGAGUACACCUGUACUGUUCGAAACACAGUAGGAUCAGACUCCGCCUCGGCUAGUGUAGAUGUCCAAUAUCCACCUGUACUCUCUGGUGUUCCAUCUGAUUACCGAGUGACUGAACAUUCCAAGUUGUUUAUUGAUUGUACGAGUUACACGUCCCUGGGCAACCCGUCAACAACUAACUACACAUGGAGCUAUGGGACAUCAGCUAUUAGUACUACGGCUGUGCUACAACUCUACAACAUCAACCGUUCUGCCGACGGAGAGUACACCUGCACUGUCAGCAAUGCUGUUGGGAAUGAGUCCGCCUCUGUUACAGUCGAUGUUCAAUAUUCACCAGUAAUAUCAGCCUUUCCCUCAACGUACCGAGUGAAUACGUCAUCCAGACUGUGGCUGGAUUGUAGCAGUUAUACAACCGAUGGCAACCCUGCUGUUACUAACUACUCCUGGGUAUUUCUAGGGUCACGUGUCAGCUCUGAAGCGGUACUGAGUAUAGAUACAGUAAACAGGACCCACCAAGGAAGGUACACGUGUACUGCCAGCAACACACUUUCACCAAGUGGAGGCUCUCAACAACAGGGAACAGCAUCAGCACAGGUCGACGUGGACGUACAGUAUGCCCCUUCAAUAUAUGGUCUGCCUCGAUCAUAUUCGGUGGUGGAAGAAUCCCAGCUGUUGGUCAACUGCAGUAAAUACACUUCGCCAGGGAACCCAGCAAGCACUAACUACACCUGGAGCUAUGGAACAUCGGUUGUCAGUAGUGAGGAAGUCCUUCAGAGGGAUAACGUUACCAGAACUGAAGGCGGACUAUACACGUGCACUGUCAGCAACGAUGUUGGGGCGGAGUCUGCUUCCGUUAGUGUUGACGUACAAUAUGAGCCAUCUAUAUCCGGCUUCCCCUCCAACUUCCGGGUGAUCGAGUCAAAACAAUUGUGGAUUGACUGUAGAGCAUACACCACACAUGGGAAUCCAGAAACAACGCGGUUUUCUUGGACCUUUAAUGGCUCUCAAGUCAGUGCCACUUCUUUGCUGGAAGUGGGCAACAUCAGCAGAGGUGAGGGAGGGCAGUACACGUGUACUGCCAGCAACAUCCUGGCACCAAGUGGAGAAACUGAACACCAUGGCACAGCAACAGCCAAGGUCAAGGUUGAUGUACAGUACCCUCCGACACUGACCAGAUCGCCUACACCGAGGACAGUCAGGGAGAUGUCUACUACCUUCACAAUAGACUGUAACAGCACUACCAUACCAGGAAACCCACCUGAUACAGUCUACACAUGGACAUAUAACGGUGCUACUGUCGGCGACUCCGCUGUGUUGACUGUACACAACAUCAGCAGGAGUCAGAAGGGGGACUAUGUAUGUACAGCUAGCAACACUCUGGCCCCAACCAGCGGUUCCCAACGACAGGGUAUAGCGAGUACCGUUGUUGAGGUUGAAGUGGAGUAUGCCCCUUCAAUAUCUGGACUCCCAUCUACACAUUGGGUGGUAGAGCAGUCCCAGCUGUUAAUCGACUGUAGUCAGUACACUACACCUGGCAACCCUACAACGACAAACUACACGUGGAUCUAUGAUCAGUCAGUGGUCAGUGAUGAGGAAGUACUGCAAGUGGACAGCAUGAACAGGACAGACGCCGGACAAUAUACCUGUUAUGUCAGCAAUGGUGUAGGGUCGGAGUCGUCGACCGUCAGUGUUGACGUACGAUAUGCUCCAUCCAUCACUGGCUUGUCAUCUUCAUACCAAAUGGUUGAAGAAUCUGACCUCAGGAUCAGCUGUCUGAACUAUACUUCACCUGGCAACCCUGGAACAAGUAACUAUACAUGGAGCUAUGAGGGACAUGUAACCCAGACCGUGGCUGUUCUUCAACGCAGUAGCAUCAACCGAACUGCAAGUGGCCUGUAUAUCUGUACAGUGUACAACGACGUCGGUUCAGACUCAGCCGCAAUCAGCGUUGAUGUACAGUAUCCUCCUUCUUUGAUGGGCUUCCCAUGGACUUACAGCGUGACUGAGACAUCCAGAGUGAGGGUAGAUUGUAGCAGUUCCGUCGUCAAAGGAAACCCUCCAUCAACAAACUACACGUGGACAUUUAACGGCUCUGUUAUCACCAACAGUCCUGUGUUGGAAAUACACAACACUAGCAGGGAGCAGGGAGGCCGCUACACUUGUACAGUGUAUAACACACUGACACCAACGGAUGGGUCUCCGUAUCUGGGCACAGCUACUGGACAUGUCGUACUGGAUGUACAGUACCUACCGGCUAUAUCCGAGUUCCCAUCCGUGUUUACUGUCGCUGAAUCGUCUUCAUUCAGUGUAGACUGCAGCACCAGAACAUCACCCGGAAACCCAGAGAGCACAAACUACACGUGGACACAUAAUGGAUAUAUUGUCAGUGCAGGACCAAACCUUGUACUGGAGAGCACUGGUAGGAACAUGAGCGGCAUCUACACCUGUACGGCCAGCAACAUGCUGACACCACGUGGAUACGGGCAACUCCUUGGGACAGCAGCAGCCUCUGUUAGUGUGGAUGUGCAGUAUGGUCCUGGGAACAGUGUGGCUAUUACAUCAUCUGGAUCACCGAGCAUGACUGAGGGAGCUGGUGCGUUCAUUGCUACGUGCAGUGCUGAGUGUAACCCAAGCUGCUCCAUAACAUGGAGGAAAGACAACACCCCCUUGUCAGGUCAGAUCAGCCUCACCAAUGUGUCCAGGACAGACUCUGGAGACUACACCUGUCAUGCGCAGAACGGCGUCGGUGAAGCCCGAGAAAAGAAAAUCCUACUGACUGUAUACUCUCCUCCAACAGAACCCACAGACAUGCAGGUGGCUGCUGUGACCGAUUCAUCAGUGUCACUACAGUGGACAUCCGGUUUCAAUGGUGGGGCACACCAAACAUACUCUCUUCUGUAUAAGUCGGAACUGGAACCUCAUUGGUUGACAUGGGACGACAACAUUGCUGAUCCAGGAAUACAUCACCAAGUCAAAGUGCAUGUGCCGUUACUGACGCCGGACAUGACAUACCAGUUCCAGGUGUAUGGUACAAAUGUCUAUGGUCAAGGGGAGAUGACUGUGAUAAACGCAACAACCUUUAUAGCCCAGGCAUCAUUCAUGAGCAGACAUAACAUGCCAGUCGGUCUUGCUGCUGGACUCGGUGUGCUGCUUGUGGGUGUCCUCGUCACGGUCUGUGUGGUUCUAUGUCGGAGACGGACACAACGCACUGCUGAUGGAGAGGAAUCUUCAAACCUACCCAUGAACCCAUUUAUGCCUCGGCCCAGUUUAUCCCAGCAAGUUAAACCUGACGUGACAGUCGUUGCAGACGAAGAUCACAGCACUCCUGCUUCGGAUGGUGAUGUAGGUGAACGAAGAGGCUUAGACCUCAAGAACCAAGGGUCUGUUGACGUGGACAACAAGAACUGUGACGUCACAACACAGGAUUAGUGCCCAGUGCUGAGAUCUUCCUGGUCAUCUACUGUCCACAUCAGCUGAUGGCCAAUGACUAUGUAGGUGUCAACUGUCACCCACAUGUUUUAAGCCUUUUGGGCUUUCGUACGUUGUCUUUGGGGCAUUCAGUAAUGUGACGUUGAAGGUGUCAUAUAGCAUUUGAUAUAAAUAUAACAUUGAUAUUCUUCCAUAUUUACCCAUGUCCACUUAAGUGAUUCUUAAAGCUGAUCUAUUCGACAAAAUCUCCAAACAUUUCAGUCUGGGUGUAAUCUGAAUACUGAAAAAUACUAUGGACUGAGGAAAUGUGUCAAGGGCGUAUCCUGUCAACUGCCCCCUUUGCCAAGGUCUGCUAUGGACUGUCUGCUUCGUUAUGACAUUCUGACUCUCCGAUUCAAAACACGUCUUUAGAUAAAUUCAGCAAUGAUUCCUUUUAGAAAAGUGACAAUGAAACAUGAACUCUGUUUAUAAGUACCCACUGAGCAAUAACGACACAGACAAAAUGAAUUCAACCGAUCAUCAUAUGUACAUUUGUCAUAUCGGCACACACAACUAAACGACACAAAGUUGAACAUAGCAUGCCAAUACGAGAUAAACCAUUUGAUAACAAAUGGACGUUGGUUGGUUUAUGAAAACCUUCAAUACAUCCCCCGAAAGAGGGUAUCCCCCCGGCAUAAAAGCUGUCAGUCCUAUCCACCAAUAGUGUGGCCUCGACAAACCAUUGGACGAUGGUCUUGUGACCAAUAUGAUGAUGGUUGAUACACAACAUCCUAAGUGCCUACAAAACGCAUUUUAUGAAAACUGAACGGUAUUUCGUCAGUUUUUAUCGCCACAUUUCUCAGCAAACGUUAUUGUGUUUUGGGUCGGGUUCACGUACCGCGUUUGAUAGUAGUUUCUUUGUCAAUGUCAUGAAAGUGAAAGUUUGCAUGAAAUUGUAUGAACAUAGGUCGUUUUAUCUCCUGACAAGUCUUGACAUGUUUGUGUAUGAUUGACAAUAGUAAAUUCGCUUCUUU